AUGUCAUUUCGAAGUUCAUUUUCAAUUCAUAAAACAAAACCACGUCGAUUGACAUCUCGUUCACCAUUGAAACUACCUGCUGAAGAGAUGGCACGUGAACUUGGAACACACUAUCAAACAAUAGAUGCUCGUAUUGGAAAUCAAAAAAUAACAUAUGAUAUUGCACAAGGCGGUUGGAAAUCUGAUGGAACAGUUCAUGCAUUCGUCGACUCGAGAGAAAUGGCUAAAUUAGACAAAUCUAAACGAGAAUUAGAGGAAGAUAAUAAUACUCUUCGUGUUAAAAUUGAUAUGUUACUUGAAAUGCUUGCUGAAAUUACUGCUGAACAUGAUCUCCGACGAAGUGGUUAA